AUGCCGCGCGAAGCCGGCCCGCCGUCGCCGCAGUCGUCGAUGGAGCUGUUCGGCACGCGAAAGAAGCACCUGCCGCAACAAGGCGAAGACCGCCACCCGUUCUUAGACGGCGACGACGUCGACUACCGGUUCCCCGGGGCGAGGAAGAAGGGCCCCGAGGGCGCGUAUCUUCCCGGAUACCGGACGGACACGAUCAUCGUUCCGGAGUGGAAGAGCUCCGUGGCGCCGAUGAAGCCGCUCCAGUGGGACGCCGCGGGGCUCACGAACGCGCGACGAUCGGAGAUGAACUACUGCCAGGGCAUGGGGCGGCAGACGAAAGCGGUGCCGGGGAAGCCGCGGGACGAUAACGAAGAGCCGCGGAGGGGGAAGGGAAGGCGAUUCACCGAGCGCUCGCACCUGACGGAGAUGGGGAGAGAUCCGAUCGCGGCGCACGCGGGGGUCGGGGGGGAGUACAACGCCGUCGGCAGAGCGCCGUCGCCGCGGCGGGAGAGGCCGUCGAUCGAGAGCGGCGGCGGCGGCGGCGGCGGCGGGUUCAGCCUCGACGAGCGCUCUCCGAUGGACGGCCCGGAAUCCCCGGGCGCGAAGGUGCUUCGAUCGAUCAUCGACGCGUCGUCCCCCGAGGGCGGUCGCGGCGAACCCGUCGCGGGGGUGCGAACCGGUGCGAAAACGGACGACCUCGAUCCGUUUUACCGCACGUCGCGCGCGCGCGUGGAGACCCCCGCGGAGUGGAGCGUCCGACGGGCGGCGCUCUCGGACCCGAACGCCAUCGGCGACGACCGCGAGAUGGCCAAGCUCGGCGCGUUCAAACGGCGCGGCACCGAACGGCCGCCGAAGGAUUCGCUGUCCGUCGCCGAGGGCACCGCGAUCGUCGGGCCGGAGUGGGGCAGCGGCGAGCCGGAGGACUGGAAGACGGUGAGGAAAGGGAAGGGGCAGUUUGAGCACAACGAUCCGUUUCGACAGAGCGCGGAGAUGGACGGGGUCGUCGAGUAUAAACACGCGCGCGGCGCCACCGGAACCGCGGACGCGUAUACGCUCGUGGACCCGAGAGCGGAGGAGAGGGCGAGGCAGGAGCGCGCGAUCGCGGACGCGCUGGAGGAGAACGUGCGCGAGAACGCGGCGGCGGCGGCGAGGUACAAAGAAGCCGUGGACAGCAACAACGGCAUCUUGUCGAAUUAUCUGUACGAAGUGACGGGCGUGAACGCCGCGGAGCAGCCGCUGCCGCAGCGGGGGAGGACGCCGCAGAAGCCGGGGCCGCCGGAGUCGUGGCACGCGAGCUUGUAUUGA